GGGAGGGCAGAGUCAGUGUUUGGGAAGGCCUUUUUCAGUCCUACUUUUCUUUCAAUUUAUAGGUCCUCCAUACACCCACCCACAAACUGACACACAGACAUACUGUAGAUAGCAGAACCACACAGACAAAGUCAGGAAGUGACAUCACCCACAGGAAGAGAAGGCAAAUGUUUUUUUCUCUUGGUGUGUUGUCUGUGUUCCUGGGGGAAGUUGGAGGCUCUCAAGAUUGUUAGCAGCUAGCAGAGAGAAGACUCAGAGGACCCAGAGGGGGCAGAGCCACAGGAGCUGGCUUCCACAGAGAGCUUAAAGUCAAAGGAUCCGGACACUCGAAUCCUCCCUGAACUUCCCACAACUCUCCACCACAUUCCAGACACUCCACUGCAGGAUUUCAGCCAGUGUCAUCCCACCAACUGAAAACAAGAACUCCCUGCAAGCUUUACAUGACAGAGGCUGACCACCUGUCACCUGAUUUCAAGAGCUGAAAUCAGCCUGGUUCCCUUUCCCAGGAAGGCUACAAUUUAUCAGACUCCAACCUAAUUAUUUGUCAACAUAGCACAUUCUCCCUUUGUCUCAGGGGAAACAACUGAGUCAAUGGCAUUGUGUCUUGGACAAGUGUUUAGCAAAGACAAAACGUUCAGGCCAAAGAAACGUUUUGAGCCUGGCACGCAGCGAUUUGAACUAUACAAGAAGGCCCAGGCAUCGCUGAAAUCUGGCUUGGACCUGAGGAAAGUGGUUCAGCUUCCAGAAGGAGAGAACCUCAAUGACUGGAUUGCUGUUCAUGUGGUGGAUUUCUUUAACAGAAUCAACCUAAUCUAUGGCACAAUGAGCGAGUACUGCACUGAGCGCACAUGCCCUAUCAUGUCUGGGGGACUGAGGUACGAGUACAGAUGGCAGGACGGCGAUGACUACAAGAAACCCACCAAGCUGCCCGCUCUCAAGUACAUGAAUCUGCUGAUGGACUGGAUAGAGUCACUCAUCAAUAAUGAGGAAAUCUUCCCCACAAGAGUAGGAGUACCUUUCCCCAAGAACUUCCAGCAGGUGUGCAAGAAGAUCCUGAGCCGUCUCUUCCGGGUGUUUGUGCACGUUUACAUCCAUCACUUUGACAGCAUCUGCAGUAUGGGUGCAGAGGCUCACAUCAAUACCUGCUACAAACACUAUUAUUACUUCAUCUCAGAGUUCAGUCUCAUUGAUCACUCUGAACUGGAGCCUCUGAAAGAGAUGACAGAGAAGAUAUGCAAUUAGACAAAGCCACAUGGAAAAGGAGUUUACAUUAUGAUGGUAUCUGAGCCCUUUGAGAAAACUUCUGCACCAAAACACUUUUGAACAGUUUUGUGUACAUUUGUAUCAGUGUUUCCUAAGCAUACUUGGGAUGGUCCAUAAACUCAACAGACUUCUUCAGAUGGUGGCACCGGUCCUUCACAGAAGUUUUCAUUUCACAUUCAUUGUGGUGCUGUGAGUUUCGUCAUCAUUUGUUGUUGCAUCUCCUGGGUUUUCUUUCUUCUUGUGCAUGUAUAUGUUUUACCUUUAUGUAUGUUUUUUUUAUUGCUUUUGUGUUGACGAGAAUUUGUAUUUUGUACAGUUUAAAAUGGAUU